GUGCGAGAUUUUGCGAUAAUCACGUGACAACAACGUGAUUUAGCUUUUCCAAGAUGGCGCGGCACAUAAAUUGGGAAGAUGCACGCAGUAUUUUACGCAAGUUGCGUGAGGAGCAGGUGAGAGAUGGAGACACCGUGGUUCAACUAUGGGAGAGAGUCCUCAUGGAGCAGAGUGACAAGCUUGGUGAUGAAUCGUGGAUGGUACAUGAACAAGUGUGUGUAGCUGCCUUAGACUGUCGAAGAUUAGAUCUUGCAGAUGCUUGUAUUGAGACCCUGGAGUCCAAGUUUCCCCACAGUAUCCGUGUUCAGAGGUUGUGGGGGAUGUACUACGAAGCAGAAGAAAGGUAUGAAAAGGCCGAUGCAAUGUACCAGAAGAUAAUUGAACAGGACAGCACAAAUAUGUUUGCCAGGAAGAGACAAGUAGCCAUACUUAAAGCUCAACAGAAAACUACAGAAGCUAUAGAGAAGCUCAAUGAAUACCUCAAGAAGUUUAUGACCGACUAUGAGGCGUGGAUGGAGCUGUGUGAUCUGUACCUGGAGGAACACGACUACAACAAUGCAGCGUUCUGUGUGGAAGAACUCAUCAUGUCCAACCCUCACAAUCAUCUCUUCCAUCAAAAAUAUGCCGAGAUCAGAUAUACGCAAGGUGGAAAUGACAACAUGGAACAAUCGAGAGCAUACUUCUCCCAGGCUGUCAAACUCAACCCUAACAACACACGGGCACUUUAUGGCUUGUUCCUGGCUGCUACCAGUCUGGCCAUGAGUACAGGGAAAGGCCUCAAGGAGAAACAGAUGAACAGCAAGUACGCAGCCUGGGCGGCUGAGCAGAUUGUGUUUAAGUACAAGUCAUACCUGUCUGAGGAACAGCUACGAGACAUGAGGAUCCUGGAGUCUAUAGAGAAAAUGUUGGAGUCUCUCAACUCAUCCGUUGGGAGCUAAAUAUUGCACAGCCAAGCUUAAAUGAUUGAAUGGCAGGACUCAUGUGGCCACCAUAGAUGUGACCAAGCCGUUUUGUCAGUAGGACAGGGACAAUACAAGUAACACAGCUUGAUCCAAAAGUUUCAUAAACUUGUCCCAUGUCAUUGAGUCCAUGGAAAUGGUACGGCAGGUUAGACAUGGAUGGUUACCAUGGUUACAGUUUGGAUGUCAAAGAUGAGUUUCAACUUUCAGUUAUUUCUAUAUUAAUCAGAGUCAAUAUAUGGAGAACACAGGCAUCUGAAUGAAGUGCAAUAUGUAGUACAAUAUGGUAUGCAUUAACUAAGGGAUGCUUGUCAUCUGAGGAGACUGACAUGAUGGUUGGUCAUACUUGCCGACAUGGUUGAUGAUGUCAUCGUAUCCCAAUUGUGUAGGUCGAUGCUCAUGUUGUCAACCUCUGCCCUGAUCCUGCCUCAGUUAUUAACAGACUGCUGUCAUAUAGCUGGAACAAUGCUUAGUGCAGUAUUAAACAACAAACAAACAAACAGUAAGAGGAUUAAGGGACUGACAAUUUUGUUUUCAUAGGGAGGGGCCUGGAAACUACGUGCAUGAGGAAAAACUUAUUUUCAACAGUGUGGCCACAUAUGUGUAUACAUAAUUUUUUAAGAAUCUCUGCUAACAUCUGAACAUUAUCUGAAUAGGGUUUUUCAUGGCCUAUGUGAAUGUUUUCUGAGAAGUUCUAGUUCUCCUUUUGGGCAUUAAGGUCCCUGUUAAGUCCCUAAGCAUGGUACAUGCUCUGUCAGGUGACCUUACCUUGUAGAGUUAUGAAAUAGUCGUCAAUGGCAUUAUUGGACUUGGGAACUAUCAUGAGCAUUUACAUUUUCAAAAGGUGCAAGGUUGUUUUGUAAGUGUGUACAAAGAAAACCAUAACUUGAUUAUUUGUUUAUAAUAGGGAAGUUAACUUUAUGCUGCCUGUUGCGUUGAAUGUGAAUGAUACUGAUGAAUGCAAAUGAUUCGGUUAGCCUGUUGUGGUUGAAGUGGGGGGUUAGCUUGGUGAAACAAAGAAGUCCAUACUGCAUAUUGAGUGAAUGAGUUGUGCCUGUUAUAUGCAGAUGUUGUCCAGCAGGCACUUUGCAUGCUGUAGGAAUUUUCUUUGUCAUCUGACGUUCUGUUGAUCUCCUUUCUCAUGACAUAAGGCUGCAUACCAUGCAUACAGAUGUAUUUAUUGCAAAUGAAAUUGUAUAUAUUUCAUGUCAGUCAUUGUAAUAUGUCCGUGUUGAAUAAUCUAUGAAAUGUCCAAUGUCAA